UAUCGUAAGUUGUAACUUGUAUUCAUGAAAGAAACUUACGAUGCGAGAUGUUGUAAAUAUUGUCAUAGACUUACGACUGCUCGAGGCCUGUCGUAAGUUGCAAAGUUACUAUCGCAAAUAUGGCGGCAGCGCUAAUGUUGAGAGAAAAUGAUAGAUUUUUUAGACGAGAACGAGUAUUUCUAGAUAGAUCUAACCCCCUAGAUAGGCCUGAUGACUUUUUAUUGAGGGCAUACAGAUUUCCGAGGCAUAAAAUAAUUGAGCUGUGCAAUGAACUUAGACCAGAUUUAGAGAAGGCAACUCUUAGGUCUCAUAGUAUUCCUGUGGAACUGCAAGUUUUGUCUGCUUUGCGUUUUUAUGCAAGUGGUAGUUUCCAGAAUGUCAUUGGGGAUGUAUUUGGAUUGAGCCAACCAAGUAUCAGCAGAUGUAUAAGUGAUGUUACAGACGCUUUAGUUAGAAGGAUAAAUCAGUACAUAAAGUUCCCAGAUGAAGCCGAAAGAAGAACGAAUAAAAGUGACUUUUACAAGAUAGCGCAUUUUCCGAAUGUAGUGGGUGUCAUUGAUGGUACUCAUAUACCAAUCAAGGCGCCCAAUGACAAUGAAUAUCAGUAUGUAAACAGAAAGAAUUUUCAUUCAAUAAACGUUCAGUGUAUAUGUGAUGCCAACUUCAAAAUUAUCAACGCUGUCUUCAGGUGGCCCGGCAGUACACAUGAUUCCUAUAUCUGGAAUAACUCACAAAUUUGCAGGCAGUUUGAAGAAGGUGACAUAGCUAAUGGCUGGCUCUUAGGUAAGUCAAUAUUAUAUUAG